AUGGCUACAAUGCUGCUCAAUACCACUGUCUCGGCCCUUGGGUCUCCUUCAUCGCCUUUGUCGCCUGCAUCGCCAUCAGCCUCUCACACUGCUGAGCUUCAUCCCAGCCAAGAGGUUGUACUCAAUAUCAUUUUUGGCACUCUUGCUGUCGUUCUGGCUGCGAUUGCUGUGCUGUUUGCAUACCUGCAAUUUCGCAAACCCGCUGUUGAAGUCAUGAACAACUCCGAUGUCGAAAGUCAAACUGGCAGUGACGAUCAAAGUCGCUCUAUAAUCCGGUAUGGUCCAAACCAUAACGCAAUAUAUCCUGCCUUCAAUAGCCAAACCAAUCGUCUUCUUGGUCAUGCCUCGGCUUAUGAAAUGGCGUCACUUUUUUUACCAAGAGCGCGUGUGAUGCGGAACAGACCCCUUCGCAGACGAAUUUCGCACAGACGCAGGGGUAGCUCCUCCUCCGCACGUCAUCCUACCAACCAAGUCACUCACCGUGCUUCCGUGGGCGCAAUGAACCGCACCGCCGCCUUUUCCAAACACUUCUCCCAACGUCACCGAGCCAACAGAGCUUUACGGCGCAUGCGGGUAAUGGGCCACACGUUCGCUUUCUUGGGCAGGGCAGGGCUCCAUCGUCGCAACAGCAACCUCUGA